AUGGUGCGAAUGAACGUAUUGGCCGAUGCUCUUCGAAGCAUGAAUAAUGCUGAAAAGCGAGGAAAACGUCAAGUCCUCAUUCGACCCGCCUCAAAAGUUAUCGUACGAUUCCUCACAGUCAUGAUGAAGCACGGAUAUAUUGGAGAAUUCGAAAUCGUCGAUGAUCACCGCGCGGGAAAAAUUGUUGUCAACUUAAACGGGCGAAUCAACAAAUGCGCAGUCAUUUCUCCCCGAUUCGAUGUCCAAUUGAAGGAUCUUGACACGUACACCAACGAUCUCCUCCCUUCCCGACAAUUCGGCUACGUCGUUUUGACCACUUCCGGAGGCAUCAUGGACCAUGAAGAGGCGAGAAAAAAACAUUUGGGAGGAAAGAUCCUUGGUUUCUUCUUU